AUGAUUGAAGAAAUGAGUUCACUGGGUAUAAUGUUGGGUAAGGAACCCAGACUUGUUGAUGUUAUCAAGGAACAGUAUGCUUAUAGGGCACAAGUAUGGCCUAUUGACGACAGUCAGACGUAUAAAGGAAGAGUCUUAGUGAUGCAUAAUCCUGGUGAGGACGUAACUCUGUAUCACAGGCUAAUAGAUGUUUUGGGGAAGCAUGGGUAUGAAACCUUCUAUUGUCAAAUGACCAACGUUUAUGAAAGCAGCUUGGACAUCUAUAAUGAGAUGAGUCGAAUCUUGGACCUCUGUAUCAAUGAUAUAGAUUCACAAAGCUAUGUUAAAAGUCACAAACUCCAUUUAAUUGGUCAUUUCAUUGGAGGGUCUAGAAUUCUCAACUAUUGCGUCAAAGGGAAAUUCAAGCACAGGAUCAAAAGUAUCAUUUCAAUUAAUCCAUUCCUAUCAGCAUGUCCUGAAUUUGCCAGCUUAAUUUCACAAACAACUACACCAUUUCUUGCUCUUGUUCUUCCCAAAUCUAAAACAUCUGCACUUCCAAUCAAGUAUGAACAUUUGACCUCUGAUAGACGAUGGUUGUCUUAUCUUCAGUCCAAAAAGUUCAACUUCUCCACAAUCACUGCAAAUUACCUUUAUGAAAUCCAACAUAUAAGUCAUGUACUACAAAACAAGAGAAAAUUCAAUGAUUUUGCGGUUCAUAACGUCUUAUUAAUUCAUUCAAAAAAAGAUCCAGUAUCCACAGUCAAAGGUACUGAAUAUUUUGCAAAGUAUUGUCCAGCUGAAAAUAUCAGAUUGUUGGAGUACGAAAAGGGACUCAACAACUUAUUCAUCGAAACAGAUGAUGUAUUUGACAAACUGAGUGAUGAUCUCAUAACUUGGUUAAAUGAAAAUUGA